GAUCCAGCAUAACCGCCUACAGGUGUGUCUCGUCAAGACAGAGCUACUUCACCUCAGACCGGAUCUUCUAAAACCAUGAUGCUCCGCUUCAGACUCAGCACCGUACUGUUGCUGGCAGCAACAUGUUCGCUCAUGACCGCAGAUAAAUUGACUGAAGCCUCCCUAGAGAAAGCUAUCACCUGUGGUAGUGACGGUGGGAAUGUCCAGCGCCUGAGCUGCGAUGACGGAGUGAUCAGAGUGCGGAGGGCACUGUAUGGACGUGCAGACGCUGUGACCUGCAGUGAGGGAAUACCUCGGGCACAGCUCGCCAAUACACACUGCUCUCAAGCAGGCACAGUGGAUGUUGUCAAGGGAAGGUGUGAUGGUGAGAGGGAGUGUGAACUAAACAACAAUGAUUUUUCUACCUCUGAUCCCUGCUCUGGUAUCUACAAAUACCUGGAAACCACCUACACCUGCCUCCCUGAAAUUCACCUUGUUGCCUGUGAGGGCUCUUUGGCAAAACUCCAGUGUGAUCACAAGCAGGUUAUAUUUGUGUCUAGUGCCAACUAUGGACGUAGUGACCAGACUACCUGCAUUUACAAACGGCCUCUCGAUCAAAUUCAAAUGGUCUCCUGUUCAAGCCCCGCAGGCAAAGUUGCUGACAGCUGUAAUGGGGAAAACCGCUGUAACAUCUCAGCAAGUAACUCUGUGUUUGGAGACCCCUGUGUUGGCACUUACAAGUACUUGGAGGUGUCUUACAUAUGUGACUAUAUCUUGGACCAGUCUGAAUAGUUUCAGUAUGUAAGCAUACUGAAGUUUCAGUUGGAUCACAAUAAACAUGCAUUAAAUUAAA